CGUUUAUGGAAAGACCGAAGUGGAAUCUUUAAGUUUGCGGCCAUGGUAAUGGUAUCACUACUGUCUUUUUGGCUUCCUUUGGCUCUUUUCUUUAGAUUCCUUUUCCGAUAAAUUAGCCUGGAAAACUGGGAUGAUUCGUACAGAAUUCCCAUCCGGAUAUUUUAGAAAAACUUUAUGCAGGGUAAUCUGAGUCUUCCUCACCGAUCAAUGGCCACGAUUCUUAAUCUCAGAGCGGGUGUCAGCUCAGCCGUCCAUCACCCCAACGUGAUGAUGCCCAUGCACUCCCAGCCUCUGGGACGCUCCUCUCUGUCUCCACGACCACUGAGAGUUCCUCCCUUGGUAUCCUCUUCUCCUUCUGAUGUUGUGAGAUUGUGCAAGGAAGGAAGAUUUGAGGAGUCAUUUGAAGCCUUUGAUUUGUUUCUUAGAAAAAAUGGAAGUUUCUCUCAUCUGGGUGUCGACGUUUUAUCUUGUUUGUUGGAGCUAUGUGCCUCCCGUGGUGCCUUGUUCCAAGGCAAACAACUCCACGGGCGUAUCGUUUCUCUGCAUGGUAACGUUAUGGAUUCAUUUUUGGGUACCAAGUUGGUGUUCAUGUAUUCGAAGUGCGGUUGUCUGGAAGAUGCGCAACAUUUGUUUGAUGAAAUGCCUGACAGAACUGUAUUUACUUGGAAUGCAUUGAUUGGGGGCCUUGUGACAUAUGGACAGUCAGUGGCCGCGCUCAGAUUGUAUGGGAGGAUGUGCCAAUAUGGAGUUCUCCCUGAUGCUUGCACUUUUGCCUGUGCUCUCAAGGCUUGUGGAGAGUUGAACGAUGUUAAUUGCGGGAGGGUUGUCCACGGGCAGGCGGUAAAGGAGGGGUUUGGAUCAUCUGUCUUUGUCUUGAAUGCUCUGGUUUCAAUGUAUGCGAAAUGCGAUGAAUUGGAUUUGGCAUGCACAGUGUUUGACGGGAUUAGUGCAGAGAGGGAUGUGGUCUCAUGGAAUUCGAUAAUUUCAGCGAAUUCGCAGAGUGGGAACUCUAUUGAAGCCCUGAGGCUCUUCAGAGUCAUGCAAAGUGAUGGUGUUUCGAUGAAUUCAUUUACAAUUGUGGGAAUUCUGCAAGCAUGUGCCGAUCUAUCUUUGGUGCGAUUGGGCAUGGAGAUCCAUGCGAAACUUGUUAGAUUGGGCUUAGAAUCUAGUCUUUAUGAAUCGAAUUCACUUCUUGUUAUGUAUGCAAGGUGCGGUAAAAUGGGUCUUGCCUCUCUUGUCUUCAGAAAGAUGAAUAGCAGAGACGAUAUCUCGUGGAACUCCAUGCUCUCUGGUUAUGUACAAAACUUUAUGUACUGUGAAGCACUUGAUUUUUUCCGUGAAAUGCUGCAGAAUGGUCAAAGUCCUGAUAACGUCUCUAUUAUCAGCGUUCUUUCAGCAUGUGGCCGGUUGGGAAAUCUUUUUCAUGGCAUGGAGGCUCAUGCCUACGCAAUAAAAUUUGGGUUUGGUUUGGAUAACCCUGUAGGGAAUACAAUCGUAGAUAUGUAUACAAAGUGCUCCCGUAUGGACUAUGCGGACCUUGUCUUUUAUAGGAUGCCAGAAAAGGACAUCAUAUCUUGGACUACAAUCAUGGCUGGUUAUGCUCAGAACUUUUGCUGUCUUGCCACCAUUAAAUUGUUCAGAGAAGUUCAGAUGUUGGGUGUGACUGUGGAUCCCUUAAUGCUUGGGAGCAUUCUUCUUGCUUCUAGCGGUCUGGACAAAAUUCAUUAUGUGAAACAGAUACAUGGUUAUAUAUUUAGGCAUAACUUGUUUGAUCUAGUCUUAGCAAAUGCUCUUCUUGAUACAUAUGGGCAAAUGCGGAAUCUUAAAUAUGCCCUUGAUGUGUUCAAAAGUAUUGCAGAAAAGGAUGUCGUUUCUUGGACCAGUAUAAUUUCUAGUUAUGUUCAUAAUGGGUUACCAAAUGAAGCAUUUAAUCUGUUCCAUGAAAUGGGUGAAGAUGGUCACGAGCCUGAUGCAGUGGCCCUGAUCAGCAUUCUUUCUGCAGCUGCUGCUUUGUCUACUAUGAAUAGGGGCAAAGAAAUUCAUGGAUACCUUCUUAGAAGAGGUUUUACCAUUGAGGGAGCCACGGGUAAUGCUUUGGUGGACAUGUAUUCAAGGUGUGGGACGGUGGAUAAUGCAUACAAAUUGUUCGAAAGGAUUCAUGAUAAAGACUUGGUCUUGUGGUCAAGCAUGAUAAGUGCUUUUGGCAUGCAUGGUCGUGGAAAUGCUGCCAUUCUUAUGUUUACUCGAAUGCAGAAGUCUAAUGUACAACCUGAUCGUAUUGCUUUCUUGGCAAUUUUAUAUGCAUGUAGUCAUUCAGGUCUAGUUCAGGAAGGCAAGGCCUAUUUUGAAUCGAUGUUAAGCGAUCACCAUCUUGCACCGUGGCCUGAGCACUAUGCCUGCAUGGUUGAUCUUCUAGGCCGGAAUAAUUAUCUUAAUGAAGCUUAUAAUUUUAUAAAGGAUAUGGCAGUUGAACCUACAGCAGCAGUAUGGUGUGCUCUGCUCGGUGCAUGCAGAGUUUAUGGUAGUACAGAAAUAGGAUCAUUAGCUGCUCAGAAGCUUCUAGAAUUGGAACCAGAAAAGCCUGGAAAUUAUGUGCUUGUGUCGAACUUCUAUGCUGCAGCUGGGAAAGGGAAAGAUGUGGAAAAGGUGAGAGAGAAGAUGAGGCAGCGAGGAUUGAAGAAGGAUCCUGCAUGUACUUGGAUUGAAGUGAGGAACAAAAUGCACUCUUUUAUUGCUGGGGACAAAUCACAUCCCCAGUCAGAGGAGAUCUAUGCCAUGCUGGCUGAAAUUAAAGUUAAAUUGGAGAAGGCUGGAUUUAUGUCUCAGACAAAGCUUGUUUUGCACGAUGUAGGAGAAGAGAAGAAGGUGAAUAUGCUGUACAGCCAUAGCGAGAGAUUAGCUAUUUCAUUUGGUCUGAUCAGCACAAACCCACUAUCGCCUAUUCGGAUAACAAAGAAUCUCCGUGUUUGUGCUGACUGUCAUGAAUUCACUAAGUUUGUCUCAAGGGUUCUAGAACGAGAAAUCAUUGUGAGAGAUGCUAAUAGAUUUCAUCAUUACUGCAAUGGUGUAUGUUCUUGUGGUGACUUCUGGUAAUUUAUGAGAACUGAGAGGCUCAGUAUGUCUAUGGAAUCUUUUUUUUUUUUUCUGCCGUCAGCUGACUCACAUUCCUGAUUUCAUCUCAAUAAUUGUGAGGUGAUUACGGAAAAUCCUGGGCAUGAUGUGGACGGCUUAGUGGCCGCGAUGCAAUUUUGCAUAUGGAGGCACAAAUGAGAGCCAGAAGUUAACCGCUUAUAGAACUUAGUAUAAAAUGGAAAUGUAAGUGACUCGUACGAUGCUAGAUGAGGUGGUGAUGCAUGUAUUGUACGCUCUCGGCAGCAGUAGUGGCUGUGGAUGAUGAACUUAUGACAUCGAUAUUGGUUGCAAGUGGAUGUGAUCUUGCUGAUGUGAAUAGUAAUAUUGGUGACAGCACGAAGUGGUACAAGAUUGAUGUUUCUGGUGGAGAUUCAUGUGAAAUUGGUAUUUGUCAAAGUUGGUAAUGGUUGUCCCACGGAACUUGAAAGUUCUGGUUCACAUUUAUGAAGUCGCUGUGUACGUUUACAUGGGCGAACGGUCUCGUUGACGGAGAUGAACGCAGAAUGUGCGGUCAUAUUGAUAAUAAUGAUCUGUUAAAGAAAUAUCCUUAGGGUAAGGGUUGGAGGAAAAGAGGAUAUUUUGUCUGGAAAUGUCUUGGCAUGAAAAACUUUUGUUGAAGCAAUAAUUUCCAUGACGGCAGGAACUGUCGAGCAACCUUUUGUAGACACACUUGGGCUGAUUAACGAACGGAAAUUUCUUUUUACUGAUCUUAGCUUGUUUGAGCAGGAAUAUUUUGCUCUCCCAUGAUAACGUACAUCCAUUGAUCUAUGUGCAGUGGGGAUCGAGAACCUCCUAGUGAUGCUGUCAGUCUUCAUGCAAUGAUCUCUGUCAGAUACUGCCACCUUUUAGCCGCCGAAAGAAGUUUUUCAGACCGCACCAAUCUCUGGUUCUUAGUUGGGAGGUGCAAUUCAGUCAUUUUGAGUAGUACCCUUAUUUGGUCGCUCUCAGAUAUUGCCACCUUUCAAGCGCCGAAUAUCAUUCAUUUACUGAUGCAAGAAAGAAGAUUUUCAGGCGGCACCAGUCUCUGGUUCUUAGUUCGGAGGUGCAAUUCAGUCAUUUUUAGUAGUACCCUUAUUUGGUCGCUCUCAGAUAUUGCAACCUUUCAAGCGCCGUAUCAUUCAUUUACUGAUGCAAGAAAGAAGAUUUUCAGGCGGCACCAGUCUCUGGUUCUUAGUUGGAAGGUGCAAUUCAGUCAAUGAACUGUAAAAUUCUAUGAAACUGCCGUCCAGAAAUAUCACGUGCAGCCACAACUGAAACCCACAGCAAAAUGUUCACAUGGUUUUUGACUCGUGAAAUGGAGUACUUGUGUUGUUGCUGGGACCUUGUUUUGGUCGUGAAGGUGUAUUGGCACACACGAGCGUCAAAGUUGCAGAAUCACAGCCUAAAUCCCGAAAGAAUAACAAGAGGAAUUAGCGGCAAAAGGCAAAUCCACUGCAAUUAUUUUGACAAACCAGUGAGAGGUGGGGAAGGAGGAGCAUUAAGAGGGCAGCUUAUGGAAUAAGUGAAUGAAUAAGUUGGAACCUUGAUAACAUCGGUCCAUCAAUAUAUGCAACGUGAUCUCUAUCAGCCUGAAUGCGUCGGCUGAUUCUUUUGGCUCUUGAACAAGUCUAGCUAGACCCAUUGGAGCUUGCUCAUUGAGGAUGGAAACUUGUUCGAGGAGCUUCGGCAAGGAGUCCUGCACAUGUUCGGUUCUGAGCUCAAUUAUCAUAAAUGGACGGACUUGUGAGAAAAUUUUACUUUCGGUAAGGAGCUAGAAGCCAAGACUCCCCCGGUGAUGCCCAUAGGAAGUCCGACCACAAACUGCCCAUCUACCAGUCACUGGUCCAACCAGCCAUUACCAUUUCCAAGCCCCUUGAAAUGAGAAGUUUUUUGUUCUUAGAGCAUUUUUUCCAAUAUGUAGUGACACAUUAGCAUCCAAUAUCAGAACUUCUCCUAUAAAAACCCGACACGAACACCAUACGAUCCGAUGUAUUUGCUGAUGCGAGCCAAUACUGACGAAGAUUGCCUCUGCAUAAACCUUAUCAUCUAAGUAGUACAGUAACGUCCUUGAUUGGCCAAAAGUUAUGAAUGUCUGAAAGUUAAACUGCAGCUGCACGUCCGGCAGCCAUGGCUGGGGCUUGGUCUCACUUUGCCAACCUCUUUUUAAGUUUUGGUGCUUAUCCAUUUACUGCUAGUUCGCAUUUAGAGAGCCUUAUGGUGGGUCGAAAGUUGUGCAUGGCAAGGUAGAAUAACCCAUGCCUACCGAGCCCACUUUGCGUAUUGAGAAGGCCGUCACCUUAAAUGGUGUGCUCGCCGGAAUCGUCUCCAAUCUUCACCCUCCAUUUUGCAGCGGCACAGCGAAGCUGGGACCCGUCGUGGCCCCAUUUAGUGAGCCCUGCUAUUGUCAGAUCCAUGGUGUACACUGUACAGGUCUGGUCUCCAUGGACAAGUUUGAACGUAGAAAUGGAAAAUAGUCAUGUGAUGCCAUGAAGAAGUUCUGCAUUGUUAUUGAUAGAUAUUUCUGUUUAUCUGUUCAUUUA